UUGAUUGAUUUCGGUGUGGAUCGGUCCACAAAGCCAAUCGCCUUAUUUGCGUUAACAUCUGAUAAACGCGUUAUCCGGUUCAGUUCAGCUAAAGCGCCUGACUAUCUAACAGUAGCUUCAGAACCAGUGGAAGAGUUCGGUGCGCGGACAUUAAUAUCGUCACUGCAAAAAACCACAAGACUGUUGCCGUACGCACCGACAAGUGCCAUUUUACAACGACUCACCAGCAAUAGUGAAUUACACGCCUUAACAACGCUACCAAUUCCUUUAAUCAGCAAUAUUCUACGAACCGCUAAUGACUUAUCACACAAUUAUACGUUCGUCUAUUGUUAUUGCUCUAUUCAAGUUCCUAUUCGAACCAUUUUAAUGCAAUUGUAG